AUCACAUAAAGCUUUUUUAUUUCUCGGCUCUUUGAACUCUCUUAUUUUCUUCCCCACCCUCCCUUUUUAACCCCGGACACACCGCACAACCUCCAUUACCUCGCAUAAUGUCGACAGCUGCCGCCGCCCCCAUUCCAGCAUGGUUAGCCUGGUACCUCGCGCAAUUGGCUGCUAAUCCUCUCCGUACUAAAGCCUGCACCAGCGGUGUAUUGGCCGGUAUGCAGGAGCUGACAGCUCAAAAACUUUCCGGUGUCAAGAAGAUUGACAAGCGAGUUAUCCAAAUGGCAUUAUACGGCUUAUUUAUUUCCGGUCCUCUCAACCACUACUUAUACGAGAUUAUGUACAAGCUACUUGCUGGCAAGAGCCCCAAGCAAGCUAAGAUUGGCCAGUUGCUUUUCUCCAACUUUGUCAUCUCGCCCACGAUGAACUCAGUAUACCUCACCGCAAUGACCAUUCUUGCUGGUGGCCGUUCGCUCGCCCAGGUUAAGACCGCUGUCCGUGGUGGUCUUCUUUCUAUGCAAAAGGUGUCGUGGUGCGUGUCGCCCGUCACUCUUAUUUUCGCACAGAACUUCUUGCCCCAGUACACCUGGGUUCCCUUCUUCCAGAUCGUUGCUUUCUGCGUUGGCACGUACAUGAACACCAUGAUCAAGAAGAAGCGCAUGCAGGCAGCGCAGGCAGCCGCCAAGGAAGCUGAGAAGAAGGAGUAAAUUUUUGACAUCUAGUAUAUUUCGCACUCUACCUCUUCUUAUUAUCUCAGCAUUUAUACUACUUUCUCUAUUAUGUUGUCAUCUUUUAUCCCCCUUUGAGUCGAGAUCCUUUCGACGCAGCAAACUUAGCCAUAUAAUUAUCAGGCAGGUCCAUUGUUUCACACUUGUGUGUUUGUAUUCAUAGAAAAAUAUACUUUAUUAUGCAAAUGAAGAC